AUGCAGCAAGCAACACAUCCCCGUCUUCACCUCAGAGAUGCACACGACGCACACGCCAUCUUCGAGGCCGUUCGACAGGGCUUUCUUAUGCCUAUUGUCCGACGUCUCAACGAAAUGGAGCGCGCCACCCUCGUUCGCUCUGGAGCCAUCUUUGUUUGGUUCGAGACAGAGGACGACGCUGGUCUGAAGCGCUGGACCGAUGGCCGUGUUUGGGGUCAAUCUCGUAUGAGAGAGCCGUAUCUCUUCUAUGACGAGAAAAUGCCAUAUGACGCUGCUCACGCAGCGAGUGAGGCCAAUCGGGCGCCUGCAUACCGUUUUGUUGACGGAGUUGCCCGACCUGGCCCAUCGUCUUCUGCUGUUUCACAUACGGACCGAACCGCACACCACCAUUCUGGCCUAGUCAAGCAGGCCUAUUCCGCCUGGGUGGUUGCGAACCCAUACGCCAAACCGCAAAAAUGGCACCUGACUGCCUACUUCACCUACGCCGACCUUCCUCACCUGCCUACGCUGGAGCAAGAUCCUGUGUUGCGCAAAAUAAUCGUUCCAUCCGGAAUAUACCGUAGUGGCAAGACACGCACCAACCGCGAUGACGACGAGCUCUCUGGCGGGAGUCGUUCGCCAGACGACAGCGCACCUCACACCGUGUUGCCCUCCUUAUCCUCGAUACAGUCCACCGUCGGACCUAAUCACCCAGGGCCCAUGCCUGCCCGACCGCACGUUACGCGCCUUCCCGAAGAUCAGCGGCUAAUCCAGAUGCUGAACUCGCGACAUGUGAGAUAA